CAACCGAAAUCGAAUCGAAAAAAAACUCGGCUGCUGAACAAACCGAAUCCGGAGAAUACGAAUCCGAUCCCCCGCAAUGUGCGCGCCAAUCUGCAGAACAGUCGCCCAGUGAAUUUUGCGAUUCGCAAAUAAUACCGCUCCGCCGCCCGUCGCACACACACAAAUACACACACGAAACACCCGCACAGCGCACACACACACACACACCGCGACACGCAUAGUGAAGAAAAAAAAUCAAGUGGCAAUAAAACAAAAAAAAACCGCCGUGCUCGUGGGAAAAUCGAUUUUCCCUUAACUUAAGCGAAUUGUUAAGGCUCGUCGAUUGUUUGGGCUUUCCCCCACAACAAUAAUACAUUUUUUUCCUGUGCAAAGUGCGCUGAGAAAGCGAGAGCGGCGUGAACCGGUGAACUGAGAGAGGGAAGAAAAUUAGCAAGGCAACCGACGUUUAUAAAUACAUAUUCCAAUAUACCAUUUGCAAAUAUUAAUGACAAGAAAAGAUCAACAGCAGCAACAACAAGAGCAGCAGCAGCAACAACAACAGCAAAAACCCAGCAACAAGGAAUUCUAAUACGAAAAUAAACCAAACAAAUCGCGGGGCAAAAGAGGGAGAGAGAGAGAGGGAGAGCGUGCGAAAGAAGGGAGAGGAGAGACGCCAAAAAAAAAAGUAUAUUAUUUUCGCGGCGCGGCACACCCAAAAAAACGCGGAAAACCCCCGAGCAUCCUUGCCGCGCCCCCUUCCGCCCGCCAACAAACAAAUAACAACAACAAAAAACACAGGCAACCUGCAUGGAAAACAUGAAAUGUCUGAACAGGAAACAGAGCUGAGAGUCUCAAAUGCAAGCAAGCCAACGCCAGCGGGAAAAACCAAGUCCAAGUUUACCAAUAGCUGAAGAGAAGGCCAAGGUGCCGUCACCGCCGAGAAGCACGCGCAGGAGCUGAUAGAGGAUUCGGAGCACUACUUAUCUACUUUGGGUGCCUGAAUCCACUUCCUUUCCGCUCAGCCGUAAUCGCUGAGCUCAAGGCACAAACAACUUACAAGAACCAUAGUUAAUACAGUCUGGUAGCCACUGACUCAUUCAGUUUGAGUCCGCGAAACGAAUAAACGAUCGAACAAACAAACAAAAACGAGGCAGAUACGGAUUAACGGAUACGCCGGAAAGCGGAGCACAAGUCUACUUAAGGCAGGAGGACUAUAGCCAUUUAAGAUAAAAUAUAUAUUAUAUAUAAUAUAUAAUAUAUUAGACACAAAAACAAAAAAGUCAUCACACAUCCCGCAAACCAAGAUGAACUCCACCACAAAGCAUCUGCUGCACUGCACACUGCUCAUCACUGUGAUAGUUACCUUCGAAGUAUUCUCCGGCGGUAUUAAGAUUGACGAGAACUCGUUCACCCUCGUGGAUCCAUGGACUGAAUACGGCCAGUUUGCCACGGUUCUGCUGUACUUACUCCGCUUCCUCACGUUCCUCACGCUGCCCCAGGUGUUGUUUAACUUUUGCGGCCUGGUCUUCUACAAUGCCUUCCCCGAGAAGGUUGUCCUCAAGGGCAGCCCCCUGUUGGCCCCCUUCAUUUGCAUCCGUGUGGUAACGCGCGGCGAUUUCGCUGACUUGGUCAAGACCAAUGUGCUGCGGAAUAUGAACACAUGCCUGGACACCGGAUUGGAGAACUUUCUGAUCGAGGUGGUCACCGAUAAGGCGGUCAAUUUGGCGCAACAUCGUCGCAUCCGGGAGAUUGUGGUGCCCAAGGAGUACAAGACGAGAACCGGAGCACUGUUCAAGUCCCGGGCUCUGCAAUACUGUCUGGAGGAUAAUGUAAACGUGCUGAACGACAGCGAUUGGAUUGUCCAUCUGGAUGAGGAGACGCUCCUUACCGAGAAUUCGGUGCGUGGCAUCAUUAAUUUUGUGCUGGAUGGCAAGCAUCCGUUUGGCCAGGGACUGAUCACCUAUGCCAAUGAGAAUGUGGUCAACUGGCUGACAACACUGGCGGACAGCUUUCGGGUGUCCGAUGACAUGGGCAAGCUGCGUCUGCAGUUUAAGCUCUUCCACAAGCCGCUGUUUAGCUGGAAGGGCAGCUAUGUGGUCACCCAGGUCGGCGCGGAGCGUUCGGUGUCCUUUGACAACGGAAUCGAUGGAUCGGUGGCCGAGGAUUGCUUUUUCGCGAUGCGGGCCUUCAGCCAGGGAUACACGUUCAACUUCAUCGAGGGCGAGAUGUACGAAAAGUCGCCGUUCACGCUGCUGGACUUUUUGCAGCAAAGGAAGCGAUGGCUCCAGGGCAUCCUACUGGUGGUGCACUCCAAGAUGAUACCCUUCAAGCACAAGCUGCUGCUGGGCAUCAGUGUCUAUUCGUGGGUCACCAUGCCGUUGUCCACGUCGAACAUCAUCUUCGCGGCACUGUAUCCCAUUCCCUGUCCAAAUCUGGUGGAUUUCGUGUGCGCUUUCAUUGCGGCCAUCAAUAUCUACAUGUAUGUAUUUGGCGUCAUCAAAUCCUUUUCGCUAUACCGCUUCGGAUUGUUUCGAUUCCUGGCCUGCGUGCUGGGUGCGGUGUGCACGAUACCCGUGAAUGUGGUCAUCGAGAAUGUGGCCGUCAUUUGGGGCUUGGUUGGCAAAAAGCACAAGUUCUAUGUGGUCCAGAAGGAUGUGCGCGUACUGGAGACUGUCUAGGAUAUUGCGGAACUGGAGAAGGGAGUCAUCAAGUAGCCUCAUGGUCAUCAUAUCGCCCCUCAAAAAAAAAAACCAAAUGAAACAAUGCAAAAAGCAAGAUAAAUUUCGCAAAAUUAGGCCAGAUUCAGUGUGUUAUCCUGAUAUCCUGAUUUACUUGAUUUGUACAUUUUCUAAGCAUAAGUCUCACCCACCCACAACACACACACACACACCUGCACAGCACACACACACACCCGCACACACGCAUAUAAUUGUUGUUUCGUUCUAAAGUCAUUAUCAUUCAUAAUAUUGCCAAAUAAAAAGGAAAGAAAUCGGAGAAUAGAAGGUUAUUUGACCCAACAGAACAAAUGUUACAGACAACGUCUUUUAACGAGAUCUAUGCAAAUGCACCACUCACCAGCAAACAACAAUUAGGGGAAUUAUUAAAAUCCGAGAAAACCACACACAAAAACUCUCCAUUAAGUGUAAUUUCAUUAUAAAUAUUUUUUUUUGUAUAGUCUGUAGUGAAAGAAUGCGCUAUAUUUAUAUAAACAUAAAUAUUGUAUGUAUAUUGUAGAUUUAUUAUUAUUAUUACGAUUAUUUAAAAAAUGUGUACAUUGAUGUAUUGUAAAUUGAUAAUCUGUUAAAUAUCAUUCACACCGAAACCAAGGAUAAAAAGCGAAGCGAACUUAAAUGUUUAGACUUAUGUACGUACUUACAUGUGCAAAUGUUGGAUGUACUUUGUGUAUUGUUUGGCCUAUGUUAACAUGGCAUUCACCCCAGGAUACAUAGCACCCAGGAUCGACGUUUUUCGGUAUCUAUUGUGAAAAAUGAUUGGGGUGUGAAUGAUAUGAUCGUGAUUAGUGAAAGAGGUCCUUACAGGACCCCCGUCGAAUUUCUCUGUUCUUUAUUUUUGUAGUACUCUGUAUUAUUCCACUUUUCCUUGUUUCUCUUUUUAUGUCAUUCUGUUUAACUGUUAUCGGUGCUUUGAAACCCACGCCCAAAAUACACCUCCCGAAAAUAUGGAACACGUGCAUUGCAAUCACCUCGUAAAUCCCAAAAUGAGCGCACACACACAUUAAACUGUUAUGAAAAAAGAACCAAAUACAAAAACAAUAAUAAAA